CACACGCCUGACGUUUCAAGAGUUCUGAUUGGCCGCUGGAGUUGUCGUCCUGGUUAUAUGUGAGGGAGCGGCUGGAUUUCAUCUCAGUACAUUCUGAUUAUAGUGUUCAGUCUGCCGGUCGGAGGACAUCUGAACUUUGUGUGAGCGAUCCCAGUUUGAGAGGAAUAAUCAUGGGCCAAGCUCCCUCAUACUCAGGAGAAGAAUAUCACAGUUAUUAUUUUAGCCUUUAUAGCUCUGCUUUACGGAAUCAGCAAUGCCUCCUCCCAGAUGUGGGCAUAGAUGAGUCUCUACUGAGAUAUUCUGGUACCGACUCCAACGCGGUGCUGCAGGCGUUCUCUACUGAGAUGCUCAACUCGGUGCCAGGUUACGUCGGCAGGCUGGGAUCCAUUUUGGGUUCGAAGACUCCAAUCCCGAAUGCUGUUGGACUUGGAGCUUUGGUGAUUUCCUUGAUCAUAGAGAUCGCCAUCAAGAGCAGCUCUCGGCCACGCGAUAACACAUACAGCCUCCUACGCCGUGUGUUCGGAGAAGAGAAAGCUUCGAGUGUCCAAGACACAAUGUCCGAGGUUUUGGAGCGGCAUGACAUGUUCAAGGACAAUAACCAGCGAUUACGGGAGGAAAUGAGGAGACUGGAACAGCAGCUGAGCUACCACCUCACCAUCCUCAGAAGCUCCCUGGUGCGUGACGGACAGAUGAGCAGCCGCGGGUUCAAGAUCUGGGUCAACGGAGCCGCCUUCCACGUCCAACUGUUGAUCCAUGAGGCUCGGCUGAAUAUUCAGACUGGCAGACCUGCGUCAGAGUACCUAAAUCCUAUCAAUACUGCCAUUGAUUCGCAUAUGCGGACCCUGGACAGCUUGCUGCAGGAAUACAAGACCUUCAAGAUCAAUUCUAAAAUGUUCACGUACCAACCACCUGUCAAUUUAGUUUAUGCAGCAACUCCAAGCAUAUGUACCAUGGCGAAUAAUGAAGUUCAAAACUGUCAAGUACAUUUUGAAAAUAAUUACAACCCGUGUGGUCAUCCAGGCAUGAAUUCGGCUUAUAUGGAUAUUGUUUACUCUAAUUAUGAACCAAUCACAGGCUUAAAGAGUUAUUUUUUAAAUGUCAAGAACAACGUCAACUCUCUAAUCCAUCAACGUGGAACAUUCACUGUGCCGUCAGCAGCAGGUUAGCUGAGAUAUUUGGGUUUAAAGAUCACUAAUGACACAGUAAUGG